AUAGUUAAAUGCAUUUGACAUUUUUUUUUCUGCCGAAGAAUACUGAAGUUCGUUAAAUUUGAAUGUAAAUUAUAAAAUUGAAAUAGUUUUCAAAAAACUUAUCAAAAUGCCUGCAUAUUCUUUAAUUGAACUUAAGUUACGACGAUACUUUUACUUGGGACAUGAAUAUUGUAUAUAUGUUCCUCCUGCAAUUAGAACUUCAUUUUCGGAUCCAAAGCAUCAUGAUGAUGUUACUGGUGUAAGGAUAAUUGGAAAAAUUGUUAAAAAAAAUAAAGCUGAAGAAAUUAAUUCAAUAGUUCCAAUAAUUUUAAAGAUUAAAAAAGAAGAUAAACUUCUUGAUGAUCGGCUUCUGAUUUUUGCAUUGGCUGUAUGUGCUAAAUUUAAUUUGAAAUCAUGUAUAAAAAUGGUUACUGAUGCUUAUGAAGCAAUCACAAAAAUAUGUACAGAUGGAUUAAAGCUAUUGAUGUUUGUUAAAUUUUGCACAAUAGCUAAUAAAAUCCUUUUUGAUCAGGGUUUCUUAACCAAUACGUCUAAUAGUCAUGGUCGUGGUUUUACCAAAGCUAUGACUAAAUGGUAUUUAAAUAGAGAUCCAUUAUUAACUACAGAACAUAUAGUAAGAAAUAAACGUUAUGAUGGUUGGAGUCAUAGAGAUGUGAUGAAACUUAUUCAUAUUCAUUCUGACGAACCGUGUCGUAUUAUGUAUAUUGUCUAUACUUUGAGUGGUAUUGAAAAAGUUGAAAAAUUAUUUGGAUCUAAAAUGAAAGACGUCUGUAUUGAAAAUAGUGAUGAAACAUUUGAAAAUAAACAAAUGAAAUUUAUUUACAACUUUUUAAAUCAAGUAGAAGGCAUAAAACGAAUGGAUGUUUGUUCAUUACGGUAUGAAAUUGAAUUAAAUAGAUGGGGUCAUGAACCCGAAGUUAUACCACGAGAAAUGCAAAGAAAUCCCACUAUUUUAACUUCACUUGUUAUGAAUUUGCCAUUGAAGACCAUUUUGGAGAACACAUUCUUUUUUGCUAAAAACAGAUUAUUUUGCAAUUCAUCAUCUGAAGUAGGGCUUUGGGAAUAUAUUUUACGCUUCAACAAUACAACUUUAUUAAAAAAAUCACAAAUACACCCAAUUGAAUCAUUUAUUGAGUAUGUUAAAUAUUCUAGAACAGCCAUAAAUAUCUUGAAAUUGCAAAAUAAUAUUAUGAAAAAGAAAGAAAACUCUGUAACCGAAUUAAUUGAUGAUAAGUUAAAAAUAUCAAUAGAGUUACAAAAAGCAUCAGAUAAUGAAGAAGUAAUUAUUCAAUCAAAUGUAGAAAAUGAAGAUGAAUUAUUAAGUGAAGAAACACAAACUCAAAAUCAGAAUGAUCAAAAAUGGAAUUCAGCUUUAAGUGAUAAAAACACAAAAAAUCAAAAAUCUACAAUAAAUUUAAAAAAAUCAAAAAAGUUUUCAACUAAAGGUGAAAAGGAACAAUCAAAACAUGAUCAAAAAUCAUUAGCUGAAACUUCAUAUCAAGAAAAUCAAGGAGAACAACAACAAGUUCAAUUAGUUGACAGUAUCCAUCACUUAUCAACUUUAAAUAUCAAUAGUCGACAAAUUAAUCCUGGAUCAACAGAAGAAACAGGAGAGGAUGUAAUUCAGUCAAAAGAUAAUGAUGUCAACCAAAACAAACCAAGUUUUUUGUUUUUAAUAAAACCUCUACCAAAAAUAGUAGACAAGUUAACAACAUUUCUAUCUGAAGAUCUUUUGAAAAAAACUUGCGAACUCUUAAAUCCUUCAGGUCUUCAAAUAAUGAUUGUAUAUGACAGUCGAUUAUGUAUGAAAAAAAAAAUGUGUGUAUGUUCACGAAUGCUUAGUGUACAUGAAGCUAUUACAUUAAUAACACUGUCUUUAAUUUACCCAGAAAAAUUAGAAAAUAAACCAACUGUAUAUAGUUUAAAUUCAAGUCCAGCUACAUCUAAGGAGAUUGAAAUUGAUUAUAACCAACCUUUGACUUUUGCCUAUUUAGAAUCCAUAUUAUUUAAGACACCUGAUGAUGGUUCAGAUUUGGUUGAUUCUGAUAAAAAAGUUAUUUCUGAAAUUUAUCCUCAAGCUGCAUUUAAAUGGGCUAGAGAACAUAAAAAAAAAUUUGAUGUGUUUGUAAUUAUGGGAACUAACAAAAUGAAUUUAAGACUUUUUAAAAAAAUUAUAAAAGGAUACCAAACACAUUUUAAAAACCCAGUAAAAGUUAUUAUAUUUUGUCUAAAUGGAAAACAUCAUGAACAAAUAAAUCUAGGUCGAGGAAAUACGUUAUUUAUUAUUGGUUUUGAUAAAAAUGUUGGUAAACUAAUUAAUUCCUUUAUAAAGGGAUAUUUUUAAAACUGCUACUAUUAAAAAUUAAAAUACAUAGUUAUUUUAAGA